GUCUCUCAGUGGCCGUGGGACUUCGUGUCGUGUCCAGCCGCUGUGCGCUGCGUAAACCCACUCAGGAAUGGGGCUCACCAAGAUAUGGACGAUAAUUUUACUCCUCUGCAUGGCGUCGUCCUACGACGCUGCUCCCGUGAAUGAAGGCGAAGUCAACACCGCACAGAAUACACCGGAGUCCGUGGAUUCGAGAAGUGGGACCGACGAGAGUACAGCAACCGCCCAGGGCAGCGUUACGAAUGGGAGGUCAAGAGACGCUACGCACGUGUACAUCCCCGGUGAUGGCUUCGGAGCCGCCAGUCUUGAAAGGAUUAGAGACGGCGGCAAAGAGCAGACUGAGGUCGAAGCGGAGGAGCAGCUGCCACCCGAGGAAACCAUGAGAACCGCUGCCGCUAUCAUUUUCCCGCCUUUAUUCGACAACGCAGGGCCCUCCGGAAACGACCCCCAGUAAUGAAGACCUCUCGCGUCAUCUUCAAUUGAAGCGGUCAUUUACGACACACCAAUCUCGCCAGUCGAGGGCAAGUGUUGUGGCCUUCACUAUUUGUAAAUUAUUAUGAAGUACUACAGAAUACAGCAUACAUUUUUGGUUGACUUACAUCACUUUACACAUUUGUAUUCAGAUCUUCCCCUAAUAAAUUAUUUACAACUUUCUGUAAUGUUAUGAAUACAUCCAUAGGAAAUGCAUUAAAAAUAUUAUAUUUUAUGAA